CUUUGAACGCUUCUUUUUAGGUACUGUUCGAGAUGCUACACCAUUUAGUGACUCAUCAGCGCCUGUUCGCAUUAUCUGAGACAUUGUCUUCAACGCACUAUGGGCUGCGAAUAUAUAAAAAUAUGUCCCAUUCUUGUCUAAUAACACGUACGGAUUUCGAACCAUAACUGAGUUUUACUUCCUUAUAUUCAUUGGUUUUAUACAGGUACAUGACGUUUCCGCCAUUUAUAUCAUUUUGAAAGCCAAAUCCCGUGCAUAGAAUGUAGUGACUCAACUUUAAUCGAAUUAAGGGAUAUUAAAUACAUUUCAUUUGAUCGUAAUAAACAGAUAAUAUAAAUUGUUGCUUUUAACAAAAAAUCAUAUUUAACUAUCGAACAGCAGAAUUGGGAGGAAAUAUGAAAAUCUUCAUUAGUCGCGCAUAUUAGCUCAGCUCAGCUGGUGGCUACGCUCGAAAACAAUGACUCUACUAAAAUUGUGGCAAUUUUUGGCAUUUGGAAUACUCGCAGCUAACUAUGCCAUGGCUGCCUUUAGGUUAACCAAUUUACGCUGCACAUCUAAAAAUGAAAGUUUGGGCAUUUUUAAAAUAUGUUCCCUGAAAGCUGUCAAACGGGAUGUUGUCGAAAUCAAUGUUGAUUUUGAGCUGCGCAGGAAACCUGUAAAGGAGGCAGAUUUUUUGCUUCGCUUCAAGAAACGUGGUGAACUUGGCAGAAAAGCUCUCUAUAAUUACAAUAUUGACUUCUGCGAAUUUCUUGGUAGUAAUAGGCGAAAGCCCUUGGCAAACUUAUUCUACAACAUAUUCGAGCUGCAAACUUGUUCUAAUUUGAAUCACACCUGUCCUUAUAAUCACAAUAUACUCAUUAAAGGGUGCCGCAUAAAUUCCGGAUUGUUACAGGCCCUACCAAUACCUUCCGGCGAAUAUUCAAUUUGGACAAGUUGGAUAAUUUUUGGUCGACCAACUGCUGAGGUGGAAGUUCUAUUAAAGUUUGAAUGA